GAUUUGUUUACCUAGAGAGGCGGCGUGGUGACCAGAGCCGAGAGUGGGAAAUAUUUUAACCUUUUUCACAUUUUCUCCAUUAAUAUCAAUCAGCAUGCGUUUGGAUUACGUGGUGGUGAUGGUGAUGGCAGUGGUGGUGGUGGUGAGUGGUGGUGAGGAGGAGAAGAAGAAGGAGAAGGUGAAGAAGUUACAGAUAGGAGUGAAGAAGAGAGUGGACAACUGCACACUUAAGAGCAGACGAGGCGACCUGCUUCAUAUGCACUACGCGGGCAAGCUGGAGGACGGCACAGAGUUUGACAGCAGCUAUCCCCGAGGCCAGCCACUCACCUUCACUCUGGGGUCAGGGCAAGUCAUCCGAGGCUGGGACCAGGGACUCAUUGGGAUGUGUGAGGGGGAGAAGAGGAAACUUGUGAUACCCUCGGACCUUGGCUAUGGGGCAUCCGGGGCGCCCCCCAAGAUACCCCCCCACGCCACCCUGGUCUUCGAGGUGGAGCUGGUCAAGAUAGAGAGAAAGGAGGAGCUCUGAGGAUAAAUGUGGAGUGUGUUUGGAUGUGUUUGAAGGUGUUUGGGGGUGUUUGAAUGUGUUUGGAUGUGUUUUGAGGGUGUUUGGAUGUGUUUAGGGAUAUUUGGAGUGUGUUUAAGUGUUUUUGGGAUGUUUAGGGGUAGUCUGGGGUGUUUGUGGGGGCUUAGAGGUGUUUUGAGAGUGUUUGGAUGUGUUUGUUGGGGUUUAGGGGUGUUUUGAGGGUGUUUGGAUGUAUUUGUGGGGGUUUAGGGGUGUUUGAGUGUGUUUUCGGGUGUUUGAAUGUGUUUUUGGGUGUUUGAGGGUGUUUGGAUGUGUUUUUGGGGUGUUUGAAUGUGUUUUGAGUGUGUUUGGAUGUAUUUUGGUGUGUUUGGGUGAGUUUUGAGUGUUUGAAUGUGUUUGGGAGUGUUUAGGAUAUGUUUGUGGGUGUUUGGUGUUUGGAGUGUGUUUGAGUGUGUAGUAGGGGAUAAAAGUGUGUUUAAGUGUGUUUUUUGGAUGUUUGGGUGUGUUAUGGGGGAUAUAAGUGUAUUUAUGAGUGUUUUGGGUGUGUUUUUGAGUGUUUUGAUGGACAGAAUAGAGGUGUGGUGUAUCUUGGUGUGUUAGUGUGAGUGAGUGUGUUUAGAGUGUGUUGGGUGUGUUUUAGGGUUUAUUAGGGUGUUUUGCUGUUUUUGAGGGUUUUAAGGUGUUUUGAUUGCUAAAUUAGGUGUGUGUGUGUUUGUGUGCAUGUUAGGAUGUUUGGGUGUGUUGUAAGGGUGUUUGGGUGUGUGGAUGAGGUAUUAGGGUGUGUUUUGGGUGUUUAGGGGAGUGCACAGGCUUGUUUUGUGUGUGUGUGUGUGUUUAUUUUAUGUUUGUGUGACUAGAAAGUUAAAAUACUCACUUUUCACCCUAAAAUGUUAGUGUGUGUGUUUGUGUGUAUGGCUGGGAGAAGUCGUGUGUGUGUGUGUGUGUGUGUGUGUGUGUGUGUGUUUUUAAUACUACCUAAUGUUCUGCCAUCACUGUGGUGUUUAAGUGUGUUUUUCUGCAAUUGUAUCUUUCGGAGGGUGACCAAAACAAACAGCGAGUGUUUAGAGGGGGCAAUAAAACACCGGAUGUACAAAA